CUGAGAGGUGGGGGCCCGCGUGCGGUACCGGCGGGUAUGAGAGCUGCUCCAUGAGUUUGUGGAGCUGGAUCCCAGUCUCUACAGGGAUUAACAUGUGUGAAUAGAUGACCGCGUUCUCCAUUAAUUACGACUGAUUAGCGGACUCAAUUGCUAAAAUUAAACACCUUUGACAACUGGCAGAUAACGUUAAAUGAAAAGUUGCAUGACGCUGCUUUAACCUGUCUUAAAACUCACCAUGGUCCUCGAUUAUUAUUGGUGUCCAGGUCAACGCAGAAUGAACGUGUCGCUCUAACGUUUGUAGUUUGUUGUUAAGAAAUGUCAAAGAUAAUACGAGAUAAAUGUUUUGUUAUAAAUGUAGCUUGCUCGUAAACAUGACAGUUUCUGGCCAUCCGUUGAAAAUGUGGAAAUGUUUGUUGUCUGUUGCCAUGGGAGCAUAUGCAGGGCUGAAAGGAGGAGGUAGCUACCAAGCUGCUGCAAGUGUCGGAGACAGACAUUAUGCGUUAUGAGUUGUACUUAUGUGGGAGUUUCUGUGCAAAAUGGAAAACAACGAAUCAUCCUCAGCUGUAACCGUUUGACUUUUCUUAAUGUGCACAUGCACAAAGGUGACAUUUACACUGGACGCUGGUGACAUGUACCCACCACUGUUUGAAAGCUUAAUAUGUUAAAAAUGUUCUGGAAAAUAGCUUGCAACAAUUCUAAAUGCAGACAUCAUAAAAGCCAAACAGUAGGCCUACAUCUUUGUAUAGGCUACAGCAAUGAAAAAUGGACAGAAAUGUGAUCUUUCACUUAACACGAACGACUGUUAUUACUGUUAUUAUAAAUUACAGGUUAAAUUAAUAUUUUGUCGGUUAAACAUGCAUGUUUCUUAUUUAUUUUACAAUGACCUGUCUCAAUUACGAUGAACAACAUCCUAGUUGCUAAAACACAGUGUUGUGUGGGUAGCCUUCGUGGCUGGGCGGCGCCUGUUGAGCCACAUGAUGCGGAAACUUCACAUACUUGACAGGCUCCGGUGUACAAUGAAAACUGAGAUGUUAUUUUAGGAAAAAGUCAUAACACGCAAACAUCUUUGGGGUGGAUAACCUUCCUACACAGACAAGAGGAGCUGGACAUGCACAGAUGUUUUGCUGUUGGGGAACAGUUCACACUCCCCCCUCUUGGAAAGGAGCCUCUGCAGUGACUAUUGGAUUCCCCAGUAAAUCAUUAACCGGACCAGUCUGAGGACUCUUUUCAUAACAUCCUCACAUAGACAGCAACAGAUGAAAAUAACGUCAUCGUCACUGUUCAAAUAGAAGACCCCUUUUUAUACAUCGAUGUCUGAAGAAAACAACAGAAAUACAGUGUUGAUGUCACAGACUGAUUGAAUUCCUUUUCCAACCCCUCUGGCGUCCAGCACAUGAUAACAACAACCCAGAUUAAAUCAACUUCAGGGAAGAGAAGUUGACCAUUAACCUCCCCUACUGAUUGCAAGCACCUCUCCACAUGUAAGCAGCUGCUUCUGUACGGAGAAACCUGAGGCAAAGUUCACUGUCAGGGGCAGCAGAAGUCUCUCAAACAGCAGGAGCUUUCUCCCUCCUCUGGAUUUGCACUUUUUUCUUCCAGUUUCUGCAAUUUUUUUAAAGGACUAAAUCUGCAGCCAUGGCUACAGCAAGUUAUGGAUACUACAGAGGCACUAUAUUUCUGGCCAUGUUUGUAGGCUACACACUGUACUACUUUAACAGAAAGACUUUCUCCUUUGUGAUGCCUUCUCUAAUGCAAGAAAUUAAGAUGGAUAAGGAUGACCUGGGCAUGAUCACCAGCAGUCAGUCUUUGGCCUACGCUAUCAGUAAGUUCAUCAGUGGCGUGCUUUCAGACCAGAUCAGUGCCCGCUGGCUCUUCUCUAUUGGCCUGUGCAUGGUGGGAGGUGUCAACGUGGUCUUCUCCUGGUCCUCCACUGUCACUGUCUUCUCUGCCCUGUGGUUCCUUAACGGCUUGGGCCAGGGCCUCGGCUGGCCUCCCUGCGGCAGAGUUCUGCGUAAGUGGUUUGAACCCUCUCAGUUUGGGACAUGGUGGGCAGUUCUAUCCUGCAGCAUGAAUCUGGCUGGCAGCUUGGGCCCCAUUAUUGCCACGGUGCUGGCCGACAGUUACAGUUGGAGGACGAUACUGUCGGUAUCUGGAAUGAUUUGUGUGGCAUUCUCAUUUGUCUGUCUGGUAAUCAUCAAGAAUGAGCCUAAGGAGGUGGGGCUGCCCAAUAUAGAGGCAGGAGCCAAGAAGAGCAAAGGAGGAUCCUCCAGUGACGAAAGCACCCUGUCAGAGUUCCUGCUGUCACCCUACCUAUGGCUGCUCUCUGUGUCCUACCUGGUGGUGUUCGGGGUGAAGACGGCCUGCACCGACUGGGGCCAGCUGUUUCUCAUUCAGGACAAGGGCCAGUCUACACUCAUGGGUAGCUCAUACAUGAGUGCCCUGGAGGUUGGAGGUCUGUUGGGCAGUCUCGCAGCAGGUUUCCUCUCUGACAAGGCUGUGGCCAAACAAGGCAUGAGAAUAUAUGGCAACCCCCGGCAUUUCGUCCUGAUCUGGAUGAUGGCUGGAAUGUCUGUGUCCAUGUACCUGUUCAGAGUCACAGUUACUCCUGACAGCUCAAAGGUGUGGAUACUUUGUCUGGGUGCUGCUUUUGGUUUCUCCUCCUAUGGACCAAUAGCUUUGUUUGGAGUCAUAGCCAAUGAGAGUGCCCCAUCCAACUACUGUGGGACAUCACACGCCAUUGUUGCCCUGAUGGCCAACAUUGGUGGCUUCUUGUCAGGACUACCAUUCAGCACCAUUGCCAAGCACCACGGCUGGGAAAUGGCCUUCUGGGUCGCAGAGAUCACCUGUGGCGUCACCACUGUUGGUUUCUUCCUGCUGCGCAACAUCCGAACCAAGAUGGGUCACAUGUCCAAGAAGGCAGACUAAAACGUCAUCGCACCUCAUCCUCUGCACCCAGAGGGAAACUGGAUACUCUGAGCAGUCGUUGUGUUUUCAUAUUUUUCUUACUUGAUUUUUAUAUCACAGUAUUUUCUGUCAGUCUUAUAAUGAAAUGUGAACAAGAGAAAGGUUUUCUCUCAGAAGGCCACUUAAGUAUUUCAAUGUUAAAAGCACCGAACUAGAACCUGGUUUGGAAACUGGUAUAUUAUAUAAUAGUUGUUUUAAAAAAAUGACUUUGUAAUAUUGAAUCAUGAAUGGAAUUUCAAGACUUACUCGAUGCUCAUCUUUUAUGUAGAAAGAAAAUGUGAGGACUUCCUUUAUGAAAAGCAUCAUAGGCUUGAAUAAAUGAUACGUUGUUA